AUGGAGGCCGAGGCAGCGGCGCUCGCGCCCGCACUAGCUGAAUUGACGCGUGCGAGCAGCGCGACCAUCUCUGUGGUCUGCAGUGAUGCGCUGCAGCGUAUGGAUCAUGACCAGGACCGUGUCGUCGAGGCGCGGCUGCCUGAGCUGCAGGCCUUGGCUGAGCAGGUCCAGCAGUCGCGCGGCAGCCUGACCCAGAUCCGUAAUGAGCUAGAGCGCUUUUAUGAAAAGCUCCAUACGGCAUCCGAGCAUAUUGGGAAGUUGCAGGACCGCUCUAAUGCUCUGAGCGAGCACCUCUCUGCGCAGGAGACGCGUGCCUCAACGUUGACCGACUGGAUCGAAGCAUCCAUGGUGCCUCCUUCGGUAGUGCGACUAUUGCGCGACACGAAUGUCGAUCAAGAGCUGAAUGCAUGGAUUCGUGCUAUCUGCAGGAUUGAGCGCACGCUCCGAGCGUUGAAUGAAUACGAAGCGACGCAAAAAGACGCGCCGUCUGCUGGUUCCGCGCGUGCGCAAGCACGGACCGUGGCAGAGCAGUGCAAGAAUCUCGCCAUUUCCAAGGUGUUUCCGUACCUCACGCGGCUUUUUGAACCGAUCCGCACAUCAGUCACGACUUCGCUGCCCAUUCUGCAAUCGUCCGUCUUAUUGCCGCACCACCAGCCCUUGUACCAGUUUCUUGCCUUGCAUGCGCCACGCGUGGCGAUCGAGGUGCAACUUUCUUACAUCAAUGCCGCUCGCCUGUACUAUGAGACAGCGUUCCGUCGCUAUGUGCGAGAGUUGCGCAAGAUCCUGCAGCGGUGGACAGAGCCGGCGACGCUCAUAGCAUGGGCGUACAAACAGUCGUCGCCGGCGACGGCACAGUACGAACCCGAGAGGCAGCAGUAUGCGCAUCCAAUCACAGAUGCAGCGGCUGUUCUCGCGUGCCAAAGUGAAGACGUCAACUUCAAGGCGAGUCCCGAGCAUCUGUUUCAUACCCUUGCACUCGUGUUCCUCGACACGGCUUGUUCCGAGUACGCCUUCCUCGCACGCUUCUUCUCGGGCGCGUUCGACAUGCAGGAGCCUACGUAUGAUGCAUCGGCAGUGCUGUCGUGCAACAUGCUGAGUCUGUCAGCGGACGAAGAGCAGCGACAUGAAUCCAUCGUGACACGCGAGUCGUGGCGCCAGGUCAUGGAGCCUGCCAUGGCGUUCCUUGCCGAGUUUUAUACAGCUGUUCUUGCGAUGCCUGGAGCACCUGUACAGCAACUCUUGACCAUGGCCAACCUGAUGCACGAAUUGUUGCAAGUGGCACGAUCACGUCGGUGCCUGAUCCCCGAGCUCGAGUCUGUGCUCAUGCGCCAUCUACUCGAGACGUGGCCGCUCGUGGCCAAGAGUCUUGACACAGAGGUCGAUACCCUAAAGACACUCACGAUCGGGCCACGGAUGGGCCCCGUGCCCCGAUCCGCGGGGGGCGGUGGUCUCUUGGAGCGCUGGACGGGCGGCCUCAUGACGACAGAUUUGAUGCGCGGUGGACAGGCAGCAGAUGCGCUGCAAAAGAUCCUUUCUGCCUACACGCAAUUCUUUUCUCAAGUCGUUUCGCUCACAAGCACUGAGCAGCAUCAGGGUAUGUUGCUUGGUGGCCUGGGACGUAUACACACUGAACUUGCGCGACUCGUGCGUGAAUAUGCCACAAAUGUAUAUGCGGCGCAUCAGGAUGGCCCAUCACCACGAGAUAUGUGCGUUUCCAUGCACGCCGUCCUGUCUGCCACGCCGGAUGAUACCCAUGCACACGAGGCGGCCAAGUGGGCUGAGCUGGCCGACUCAUUCAGCAGCGAGACGCAGAACUAG